AUGGAAGCCUGCAUCUCCUCGGAGUGUGAAUGUCCUAAAACCCAUCACUCUGCGAAAUAUCUUAAACCCUAGCCAACACUAUCACGAAUCAUUCAUCUUCAUUUCUUUGAGCAACUCUGUUGGAUUCGUGCUCAAAGACGAUGAUGAGUGCACUUAUUCUACGGAGAUCCGCCGCCUUAGCGAUCUCCAGAGGUAGAGUUAACGCCACCUUGUUAUCCCCAAUCGCGAACUUGUUGGCUUCUCCUGUGGAUGUUAAUGGCGGCGUUGUAUCUGCUGCUGAGUUUGGGCAGUUCUCUAGUGCUGUGGUGAUGAAGAGGCCUCUAGGUUUUGGUUCCCGACCGAAGGAAUUUCAUGUGGCUUCUGGGCCGUUGAAUUUCAGGGCGUCGUUGGUUUCUCAGGCGGAGUUUGCGGUGGAAGAGUAUGACGAUGCUAGCAGUAGUAGAAGCGGCGAUGAAGGACUCGAGAUUAGCAAGCUUGGGAUCGCGCCGGAAAUCGUCUCUGCUUUGGCGAAAAAGGGUAUAACUAAGCUAUUCCCUAUUCAGAAAGCUGUGCUAGAACCAGCAAUGCAAGGCCGUGACAUGAUAGGUCGUGCUAGAACUGGAACAGGAAAAACUCUUGCCUUUGGGAUUCCCAUCUUGGACAAAAUCAUUCAAUUCAAUGCAAAACACGGAAGAGGAAGGAAUCCAUUGGCGCUAGUUCUAGCUCCAACAAGGGAACUUGCUCGACAGGUUGAGAAAGAAUUUCAAGAGGCUGCACCUAGCCUGGACACAAUAUGUGUUUAUGGGGGGACACCAAUUUCACGCCAAAUGAGGCAGCUUGACUAUGGCGUUGAUAUAGCUGUCGGAACACCUGGCCGCUUGAUUGAUCUCCUCAAUAGGGGUUCUCUAAAUCUAUCAGAAGUCCAGUUUGUUGUUCUUGAUGAAGCAGACCAGAUGCUUCAAGUAGGCUUUCAAGAAGAUGUUGAGAAGAUUUUGGAGAGGUUGCCAAAGAAACGUCAGAGUAUGAUGUUCUCUGCGACAAUGCCAUCUUGGAUCAGAAAACUCACUCAAAAUUACUUAAUCAAUCCAUUAACCAUUGAUCUCGUUGGAGAUUCUGAUCAGAAAUUGGCAGAUGGAAUUAGCUUAUUUUCAAUUGUUGCAGACAUGCAUGGAAAAGCAUCUAUAAUUGGGCCUCUGAUAAAAGAACAUGCGAAAGGAGGGAAGUGUAUUGUUUUCACUCAAACAAAACGUGAUGCUGAUAGAUUAGCCUAUGCAAUGCCGAAGGACUUUAGGUGUGAAGCUUUGCAUGGAGAUAUUUCACAGAGUCAGAGGGAAAGAACUCUUUCUGGUUUUAGAGAUGGGCAGUUCAACAUUUUAGUUGCAACUGAUGUUGCAGCAAGAGGACUUGAUAUACCCAAUGUUGAUCUUGUAAUACAUUUUGAGCUUCCAAACAACGCAGAGAUAUUUGUCCAUAGAUCAGGCCGUACAGGUCGUGCUGGUAAGAAAGGUAGUGCUAUUCUUAUUUACUCACAGGAUCAGUCAAGGGCAGUCAGAGUGAUUGAGCGUGAAGUGGGAUGCAGAUUUACCGAGCUUCCAAGGAUCACUGUUGAGGGUGGUGCUCAUGUAGAUAUGUUCAGCGACAGAGGUAAUGGUAGUCAAUUUGGCUCUUUUGGAGGAUUCAGGGAUCGUCGAAUGAAUGAUACAGGUCGUUUUGGCGGCCAAAGAGGUCCCAGUUUUGGUCGAGGAGGUUAUGGGAAUUCUGGUUCCACCCGUUCCAGCGGCUUCAAGGAUUCUUUUGGGCAAAUGGGUAGAAAUAGCGGAGCUAGCUCUGGAGGUUUUGGUUCUUUUGGUGCUCGUAGCUCAAACAAUGCAGGAAAUUUUAGCUGGUCGGGGUCUGGUCGUUCUGGCGGGUUUGGAGAUUUCGGUAAUUCAAGUCGAUCGGGUGGCUUUGGGGAUUUUGGUUCAGGUCGUAGUUCAGGAUUUGGUGACAGAAAUUCCAGAAACUCUGGCUUAUUCGGUGGUGACAACAAAUAUGGAAGCGAAUGAGAGCACCGGAGAAGGUCAUUUUGAACUAAAUUGGUGAGACAUCACAGGGAAAUAAUUGCCUUGGAUUAAUGACGAAUUUCCAUAAAUCAGGGAUUUUUUUGAGGUAGUAACGAAUGGCAUGUUUCUUGUAUUUUCUUUUGAGAUUUCAUAUAUUUUUGCAGUUGAUACAAAUGUAGUAACCACUCUGAAACAAAAUUAACCUCAAUAUUAGCAACCAUAUUAUAGUAUGGUCUCAUGUAUAAAUUGUUUUUAGAUA